GUGCCCAUUUAGAGGAUGUGUGUGGUGGGGCGUAUGAGCAACGCGCUAUGAAAAUCCGAUGAUUUGUAGUAUAAAAUGUGCAGUGACCAAGUGCGCGCCAUUGCAGUAGCCAAAGCGCCGCGCCAGCAGUCGCAAAUCACGAAAAGCACACCCGCGCGUCAACAACUCCUAAAAUUAUGAAAAAUCUCAUUUUUUUGCUCUGCUGCAGUGCUCUCCUGCACUACAUCGGCAGCGCUGUGGCAAAGCCGGCCCCUCAUGGCAUCACCACCACCGUCGCACGCACACCCGCUGUCCUGCCCGCGCCCACUUACACGGUCGCUGUGACGCCCGUCGUCACGGCGCAUAGCCAUCAAGUGGUCGCGCAUAACUACAAUGGACUCUACGUGCCCGCCGGUUAUGCGGCCGCCAGCUAUGUGCCAGCCGUGUAUCCCUAUUCCUAUCCAGCGACGACCUACCGCUACGGUUACGGUUAUUACCCGGCUUACGGCUAUACUUAUGGCUAUGGCACCGCUGUGCCGACGGCCUUGUGGCGGUGAUGUGUUAACGCUAAUAUGCACAAAGCUCAUGCGGGCGCGAGCCGGUGCCUGUAUGCGUGUGUGGGUGUAUGAGUGUGUGAGUGUCUGCGUGCGGUGAAGAGCGGAUUUGCCAGGAUACGCGCUGCUGAGUUGAUGAGUUUCAGUUUGUUUUAUGUAACGGUGAAGCAGCCGCUUGAUGUGGACUCUUAUCUGCAAUAUUUUUGCACUUGGCUUGAUGUGGCAGGACAACCGGUUCAUGAGCGACCGUGCAACGUGUGGGCUUUAAACCAGCGCGACGACGUGGCGCGUGUGUCGUUUGGUGGGGCAUGCAAUCUCUGUGGCAGGCAGUGGCUAAAUACGAUGUUAUGAAAUAUGUACUCACACGCACUCAUACACACUUGUAUAUGUUAAAUAUUUUGCAUUUAAAUAAAUAACUGUAAACGUA